GCCACCAAUAACAACAACAACAACACACAUGCCCACCAUCUUCGCCAGUCAACAAACCCACAACCAGCAGCAGCAACAGCAGCAUCAGCAGUCCCAUACGAUCAUCAACCAAAUGAGCAACUACAGCCAUCAGCAACAACAACAACAGAUCCACAUACAUAUACCCACGCAGGCGACGUACUUUGCUCCUGCUUACUUUGUGCCUGCCUAUCAAACAACGGGACCAGGACCAGUCGUCACAUAUCCAACUGCAGCCACACCAGCAGCAGCGGCAGCAUCAGGAGUUGUUUAUCCAACUUUAGCCACCCCAGCGGCCGGUCCAGCAGCAGCAUCAGGAGUUGCGUAUCCAGCUACAAGUGUAUAUGUUGUUGCCUCUCCACCAGAAACCACAUAUUUACAGGCUACAGGAGUAGCUCCUGCAGCAGCCGCCACACCAGCACCAGUACCAACACCAGCACCACAGGCACCCGCAGGAGCAAGACGAUCACCAACAUACACCGCAACAUCAAGAGAAUCGGGAGGCACAACAUAUUAUUAUUAUCAUCAGGUCCAUAAUGAUGGGUCUGCAACAACACGAACAGUGCCUGUGGCAGCAGCAACACCCACAACGUACAUGUAUGCAGCAACAUCAGCAGAAGGAGCAACAGCAGGAGGACCAACAGCAACAGCAGGAGUAGCCGGAACAGCCACACCAGAAGGAGUUGUAACCGGAGCUGAUACCGCAUAUGUAUAUUAUCAGCGUUCCGAUUCGAAUCACGUGAAUACCCUCAACUACUUGGAUCCUCAAACUGGUCGAUUGCAGGCCAUGGGCCUCGUGUAUGUCACAUACAGGGGUGACCGAGAUCGAACAGAAGGAGCAACGGAAACCACUACAACGCCAACGCCAGGAACAGCUCAAACACAACAGGAUAGAAUGGCAACGAGUCGGGGGUCAGGAACAACAACAACAACCACUGACACAACUGGUGCUGACGGAGGUAGAGGUGGAGGCAACAACUACCAGGAUGCUGCUGCUGCUGCUGGUGGUGUUGAUGAGAUGCUGCGUGGCACUGGCGGAGGUGGAGGCAGAGGUAGAGGCAGAGGCAGUGGCGGAUCAGCCGGAGGAGGAGGCAACAGGCACGCAGGCGGUGGCAGCUUCAACCACUACAACCGAAAUCGAAACCGCAAUUGAAUCUAAAUCAUACACCCCAGCGCCCCACUCCAGUAAUAAUCCGGAAAUAGCCACCAUACCCCCUCAAUACUCUACUCUCGCUUUGACUCUGUGCGUCUCUCUCUAGCUAGAUGUAUGAAUUCGAACACACCAUACACACACACCCACACACACACAAUUGUAUAUAUUCAAGACACACUGAUUGAUCGGUUGAAGAUCGGAUGGCGAAGGAGAAGGAGAGGCGCAAAAAGGCAUUGGCAUUGGCAGCAAAA